AUGGAAGAAAUUAAUACAGAAACUAAUUCUUUAGUAAAUAAUUUAUCAGAAACAAUUACAACUCCUCGAAAAAAGGAUGAUUUUUAUAUUUUGGCUGAACUUGGGGAAGUUUAUUUAUCAUCAGAAAAGACGACUAGCAAUAAAUUUGCAAUUAAAGUUUGUUCAAAAAGGAAAAUUCAACGAGAAAAGAAGGUUCACCAAAUAUUUCGAGAACGUGAUAUUCUUCGCCUUCUUUCAACCCCCGAACAUUCACAUCUCUUCAUUACCCGCCUUUACUGCACAUUUCAAGAUUCUGAUUGUCUCUAUUUUGUGUUAACUUUGGCAGAGAAAAAAGAUUUGUUGGCAAGGUUAAAAGCUUCUGGUGGGUGUUUAGACUUGGAAAAGACUCGCUUUGUGAUGGCUGAACUUUGUUCAGCUUUGUUACACAUUCAUGGAUUAAAUGUUGUACACAGAGAUGUUAAACCUGAAAAUAUUUUGCUUCGUAAAAAUGGCCAUAUUCUCCUCUCUGAUUUUGGUUGUGCUAAAUUAAUUGAUGAAAGUACCAAUUCAAACGAGAAUAAUAAUAUUAAUACAAACAAAGAUGUAGAAGAAUCACAACAAUCACCAGAAGAAAGGAGGCGAAGUAAAGAGAAAAGGCGUUGUUCUUUUGUUGGAACUGCUCAAUACGUCAGUCCUGAGAUGCUUAAUGGAGAGCCGUCAACUCCAGCUUGUGAUUGGUGGUCUUUUGGAAUAAUUUUAUUCGAAUUAUUAUCUGGUCAACGUCCAUUUAAUGGAGAAACAGAAUUUCUUUUAUUUCAGCAAAUAUUAAAAUUAAAUUUUAAAUUUCCUUCAAAUUUCCCUUCAGAAGAAGCAAAAUAUUUAAUUGAACAAAUUUUAAUUUUAAAUAAAAAUAAAAGAAUUAAUGGACUGAAAAUUAAAGAAAAUGAAUUUUUUAAAGAAAUUAAUUGGGAAAUUUUGACUAAAUUUAAAUCGCCUUUAUUUGAUGUAAAUGAAGAUUAA